UUCAAACAGUAACUUGGGUCUGUCGCCUGGAAUCAGAAUCACUGAAACAAAGGCGUAUAUUACUGGAAGCAAGAUGUCUGGAAUAAAAGAAACGGUUUGCAGAUGCAGAGACCGCACACCACCCUCCCACAGGUCUUACCUAUGGUGGAAAUAAAGGUGGUAUUGAAGGCAUCAUCCGAAAAACGAAAAAGGACGCACGUCUUCCCCACUCCCGAGUCCCCUAUCAGGAGCAGCUUGAAAAGCAGGUCGUACGUCUUCUUCGCCAUUGGGAGGAGCGGCACAGGCUCUCGCCGCCGGCGGCCCCAAGGGAUCGGUCCCUCUCACUACGGCCAACUCCUCCUCUCUCGGGCGUUCUCAGGCCGGAGGACCGGGAAAGCGUGGGAAAAAGGAGGGCUCGAGAAGGCGCGGGCGACCUAGGAACAGCCUCGUCGAGGAAGCCCCGACGGUGGAAGCGUCCGGUGCCUCCGAGGGCGGCGACCGCGGCUCCGCAGCCUCUCCCAGCCGCUCCGCCCGGUUCCGGGGAGUCGGUCGGGACAAAAUGGCCUCCCCUCCCCCCUCAGGGCUGCUCGGCCGGGACGCUCCCACGGGCGAGCAAGCAAGCUCAGCCGUCGAGGGAGAGCGGCGGGCGUGAAGACAGUAUCCCUCGCGAGCAGCCGCUCCGCGCUAGGACGCGGCGAUGGCAGCGAAGGAGGACCCGGAGCCGACGAGCUCAGCUACAUAGCCAUAGGAAGCCGAGCCGCCCCGGCCAGAGCCACCUUUUCCCCGUGCCCUCUCACGCCGGCGUGCGCGCUGCCUGAGACGCACGCAAGGACGUACGCCCGCCCUCCCCUCGCGCCCUCGCCCUGCGGGCCGCCUCUGCGCACGCGCACCAGAGGGCGUGGGGGCCCGCGGGGGCGCAGAGUGGAGGGUUAGGUCUCCGAGCCUCACUCUAAGCCCCGACGGAGACUAGAGAGGGGAGGGACGAGAGAGGGCGAGGCCGCGGGCGCGCUCCCUGCGGCCGUCUGAUAGGGUGCGCAGCGUUACGAGCACGCCCCGCGGGGGGACGCUGCCUAGUGACUGCGCAGGCGCGGCAUGCUGGCGUAGCCCUUUGACAUCCACCGUUUUCCUCCUCAGGUCGCUCACCGGGCUCAGCUGAGGAUGCUUCGGGCCGCGUUUGGCGCGUGUGUUUCGCUGAGAGUCUUGGCGCAGCCAAGAGCUUGGGUCGCCGUGUGUUCCUGUGUAGCUGUAGCCGUAAAUGGCUUCCUUGGUGGCGUAGUGGUUGAGAGUCCGCCUGCCGAUGCAGGGGACGUGAGUUCGUGCCCCGGUCUGGGAAGAUCCUACAUGCCGCAGAGCAGCUAGGCCCGUGAGCCAUGGCUGCUGGGCCUGUGCGUCCAGAGCCUGUGUUCACAAUGGGAGAGGCCACAACAAAAGUGCACAGCUGGCCAGUUCAUGGUUCCAGUCUUCAGCUUCAACUUUCAGGACCUGCCUCUACAACAUCCAAAAUGAAAAUUAGCAUGAACUCCCUGAGCAGACACCAGCUGGGCAACAGUGAGAGUGUGAAACAUCCCAGGAGGCGGGGAGGAGCUGUCCUGAUCCUGGGACUCAGAAUUGUUUCCAAUUCAUCCGCCCCUGGGAAUAUUGAAGCGCUAACUCUGCGUUCUUGGUAUGGUCUCACCCAGACUGUUACUGAGACCAUACUGGAAGAAGAUGCUGGAUGGGAAUCCCCCGGGAAAAAAGAACUUUCAUUGUCAAAGGAAAUGAAGCAAAGGGAGCUUCUUCCUCCUACCAAGCCAACGAUGGGUAUGGACUCUUAGGAAACUGUCAUUCAAACCAGGACUGAGCAGCAACUGUUCUGCCAUCUUCACGAUUCUUCUGGCGCCUCUGUGAAGAAGGGCCUCAAGGUGGGAGAAUAUGGACACCUCGGAUGCAAUGCAUAGACUCAACUCCCCUCUGCAGAGUGGAGCAUGGGUAGGACGCUGGCUUGGUCCCUGGGCUUGAGGAAUUAUACUUGAUUUGUAUCCUAGAGGAAAAAAUAUGAAGACCCCAAAGUGGAACACCAAACACAGGCCUGGUCUGUCCAGGAUUCUCAAGGAAGCAGGAGCUGUCAGGCAAGCCAAGCCAGGACACAUGCAUGUGUUAAGGGCUUGCUUAGAAAUGAGUCUUCUCAUUGGUACAGAACUUCAGGAGGAUCAAUGGUUUCAUUUGAGCCUCAAAACCAUUUUAAAACUAAUUGUUUCAAAUAGAUGAGGAAACUAAGGCUAGGGCAAGGUAAAUGACUGCCCAAAGUCACACAGUUGGAUGGAGAUUAGAACUGCAACUUGAGUCCAAGUUUUGUUUUAUGCAAAUUCUGUGUCUCUCUCUGUUAAGGAAAAGAGAUUGGUCAGGGAAGGCUUCACGGAGGAGGAGGUGCUUGAACUGCCCACGCGGCAGGGCACCAAGUACAGAAGAGUAACAGGGUCCUCCUGGCAAAGUCACAAAGAUGCAACACAGCACAGCCAGAAGGAAACGAAAAAUGGUUCCUAGAAUUGUGAGCUCCUUGAGGACAGGAAGGUCCAGCUCCUAGAAUAAGGCCUGAGGUUUAGCAGGUGCUGGGUGACUGUUUGAAGGAAUGAAUGUGUGGAACACAGAGUCUCUCUAGGAGAGUAGCUGGAAGUGAGGCUGGGAAGUGGCAGAAGUCAGAAGACGGAGAGGUUUUAUACAAUAUGGAAGGCUGGUGUUGGAGGAGGGGAGGGGACGAGGGUGCAUGUGCGGAGAGGAUGUGAGGAGAGAAUCAGCUGGAAGCUGGUUCCAGGAGAGAGAAAAGGGAGGCCAGAAGUAAACCAGGGUAGGGAGAGGAAAGGACAGAGUCAAGAAACAUUUAGGAGUUAGAAUGCCUGGCAACACCCUUAAGGGGAGGGGUGACAUGUACGAGUCUGCCGGCAGAAAGGCAGGAGCAGAAGAGAGACAGGGGAUGCUGGUUGUGGAGGAAACAGGUGUGGGUAGCGGAUACCCCGCAUCCCCCCCAGCUAGGCUGCAACCUCAACAGUCACUCCUGGGGCAGAACGCCAGAGAGGGAGGGGCCUACCGGACUGGAGAAGUUAUUAGCAACCUGCCAGAACCGGUUAACAAAGGCAGGACUACAACUCCCAGCAUGCUCCGGCCCAGUGGGGUGACGGCGGGCGGUGGCUGCGCUGCACCCGUCUGGUGCGCACAGGACCUGGGUCGGCACCGGAGCCUGUCAUUCCGGAGGGGUCUGUGGGGGUGCGAGCGGGCAUGCACCCGGGUCCCCAGCGCACUGGCGGCGCAGGGCUCGCGAUUCCCGCCCCACGGCCCCGCCCCUUGCCCCACCCCAGCCGGGCGGCUUAGCUGGGGCCGCAGCGCGGCGGCAACAUCACUCUCGCUGCCGCUGCUCCGCCCCAUCGCCUUCUGUUUUUCUCUCUCAUUCUCCGGUGGCGACGGCGGGGAAGGAGGAGGCAGGGGCAGCAGCAGCCGCGCUGGCUGCAAUGAAUGAUCCCCCAGCUGGGGGAGAGGACUCCAGCUGGUGCAGCGAGGACCGGAGAGCGGUGGAGGCCCGGACUGCAGCAGCGACGGGGCCACCUCCCAGCAUCCCCACCCUAGGAGUCUACAGGCGGAUUGAAGAACGGCGCCUGGGGGCUGGGCCGGCCCCGCCGAUACGGACCUAGGGAGGACAGCAGGACCGCCUAGGCUGCGGAGAGGGGUGGGGGGGGUCAGGAAGGACAGAGCAGCAAGAUGGCCAGUAAAACCAAGGCCAGUGAGGCCCUGAAGGUGGUGGCCCGGUGCCGCCCCCUCAGCCGGAAGGAGGAGGCUUCUGGUCACGAGCAGAUCCUGACCAUGGACGUGAAACUGGGCCAGGUGACACUGCGAAACCCCCGCGCUGCCCUAGGGGAGCUGCCCAAGACCUUCACCUUUGAUGCCGUGUAUGAUGCCAGCUCCAAGCAGGCAGACUUGUAUGAUGAAACCGUGAGGCCCCUGGUAGACUCGGUGCUUCAAGGUUUCAAUGGCACCGUGUUUGCCUAUGGACAGACCGGCACGGGCAAGACCUACACCAUGCAGGGGACCUGGGUGGAGCCCGAGCAGCGCGGGGUCAUCCCCAAUGCCUUUGAGCAUAUCUUCACCCACAUCUCGCGCUCCCAGAACCAGCAGUACUUGGUCCGGGCCUCCUACCUGGAGAUCUACCAGGAGGAGAUUCGGGACCUGCUCUCCAAGGAGCCUGGCAAGAGGCUAGAGCUGAAGGAGAACCCUGAGACAGGCGUCUACAUCAAGGACCUGUCCUCCUUCGUCACCAAGAAUGUCAAGGAGAUUGAGCACGUGAUGAACCUGGGGAACCAGACCCGGGCGGUGGGUAGUACACACAUGAAUGAGGUCAGCUCCCGCUCCCAUGCCAUCUUUGUCAUCACCGUGGAGUGCAGUGAGCGUGGCUUGGAUGGCCAGGACCACAUCCGUGUGGGCAAGCUCAACCUCGUGGACCUGGCUGGAAGCGAGAGGCAGAACAAGGCAGGCCCCAACGCGGCUGGAGGGACGGCCACGCAGCCCACGGGUGGUGGCGGUGGUGGAGGUGGUGGUGGUAGUGGAGAGAGGCCUAAGGAAGCCUCCAAAAUCAACCUCUCGCUGUCUGCCCUGGGCAACGUGAUCGCUGCUCUGGCGGGCAACAGGAGCACCCAUAUCCCCUACCGGGACUCCAAGCUGACCCGGCUGCUCCAGGACUCUCUGGGGGGGAAUGCCAAGACCAUCAUGGUGGCCACCCUGGGGCCAGCCUCUCACAGCUACGAUGAGAGCCUCUCCACCCUGCGCUUUGCCAACCGGGCCAAGAACAUCAAGAACAAGCCCCGGGUGAACGAGGACCCCAAGGACACGCUGCUGCGGGAAUUCCAGGAGGAGAUUGCCCGCCUGAAGGCCCAGCUGGAGAAGAAGGGGAUGCUGGGAAAGCGGCUCCGGAGGAAGAGCAGCCGCAGGAAGAAGGCCGUGUCAGCCCCGGCUGGGUACCCUGAGGGGCCGCUGAUGGAGGCCUGGGUGGCCGAAGAGGAGGAUGACAACAACAACUACCGCCUGCCCCAGCCCACCCUGGAGUCGGCCUUGGACAAGAACAUGGAGAAUUACCUGCAGGAGCAGAAGGAGCAGCUGGAGGAGGAGAAGGCGGCCAUCCAGGAUGACCGCAGCCUGGUGAGCGAGGAGAAGCAGAAGCUGCUGGAGGAGAAGGAGAAGAUGCUGGAAGACCUGCGGCGGGAGCAGCAGGCCACAGAGCUGCUUGCAGCCAAGUACAAGGCCAUGGAGAGCAAGCUGCUCAUCGGGGGCAGGAACAUCAUGGAUCACACCAAUGAACAGCAGAAGAUGCUGGAACUGAAGAGGCAGGAGAUUGCCGAGCAGAAACGCCGCGAACGGGAAAUGCAGCAGGAGAUGAUGCUCCGAGACGAGGAGACCAUGGAGCUCCGGGGCACCUACACGUCCCUGCAGCAGGAGGUGGAGGUCAAAACCAAGAAACUCAAGAAGCUCUACGCCAAGCUGCAGGCGGUGAAGGCGGAGAUCCAGGACCAGCACGAUGAGUACAUCCGCGUGCGGCAGGACCUGGAAGAGGCACAGAAUGAGCAGACCCGGGAGCUCAAGCUCAAGUACCUAAUCAUCGAGAACUUCAUCCCCCCUGAGGAGAAGAACAAGAUCAUGAACCGGCUUUUCCUGGACUGCGAGGAGGAGCAAUGGAAGUUCCAGCCCCUCAUGCCCGGUGGAGCCAGUAACAGCCAAAUGAAGAAGCGGCCAACAUCUGCAGUGGGCUACAAGAGGCCUAUCAGCCAGUAUGCUCGGGUUGCCAUGGCAAUGGGGUCACACCCCAGGUAUAGGGCCGAGAACAUCAUGUUUCUGGAGUUGGAUGUGUCCCCUCCAGCGGUCUUUGAGAUGGAAUUCUCUCAUGAUCAAGAACAAGACCCCCGUGCAUUACACAUGGAGAGACUCAUGCGGUUGGACAGCUUUCUGGAAAGACCUUCCACAUCUAAAGUCCGAAAGUCCAGAUCCUGGUGCCAGAGUCCUCAGCGGCCUCCACCUUCCAUUGCGCACGCCUCGCUGGCCUCCGCUGCUCUGCUCCCCACGACAGCGCUAGACCACGAGUGACAACCUUCAGUCGGGCUGCCCAUCCCCCAGACCCCAGGGACGGGGCAGCCAACCCUGGAUCAUCUCGCCUGACACUCGGUGUGCGUGCGUGCGUGCGUGUGUGUGUGCGCAUGUGCAUAUGUGUGCGGGGCGAGAAUCUGGCAGACCGUGCCUCUGCUGGCUCUCAGCCUCCUUUAUUUAAUUAAUGUUAUUUAUUCGUGGAGCUCAGUUCUUGUGGGAGAGGUGCCCUCGCCUGAGCUUGCCAUGGUCGCCGCACAGCCUCCUCGUCUCCUGACUUUAGACCCCCCUCCGCCCCAGUCAGACCUCAUGCUCCUCCCUGUCAGUUGCCCCCAGGAGGGAGGGCGGCGGGGCCUGAGAAGAGAGUGCUUUUUCUACCCAGCGCGCUCCGUAAUCUCCCAUCUCCUCCUGCACUGCCGGUAAGCAGCUCCUGAGCACUUUCUGGGACUAGAAAAAUGCUAGGUGCCCACUGAGGCCAAGAGACGUCCAUCCUGGUGGUGUUGAGCCUGUGCUUCCGGCGGACAGAGACCGCUCUCCACUUUCUGGGUCGCAAACAACCUCUUUCGGUUUCUUGGGCUCCUUUUCAAGGACUCCAGUGACCUCAGCCACACGGUCCAUGCUUUUCAGCUUUGGCGAGAACUCGUGGCUUCCCAAACUCUGCUUCCUGCCCACCUUCCCAACCCGUGGAUGCGAAUUGUGACCCCACCGGUUGCUGCCUCCUUGGGACCUUCAGGAAAUGGAACAGUAAUAGAGACAAUGUGGACAGUCAUCGAGGGACGGCCCUUUGUUUCUGUCCCCUCGGAGAACUAACCUUGGCCGACAAGCAAUCAGGCCAGCUCCCCAUCUUUGAGAUGCUGCUCCUUCCUGCUUUCAUCAUUUUCCUUGCAGCUGCCUGGAUCCCCGUUCACAGUGGAAGGGAUCCGUAUCCUUCUCCCUCUGGCUAAACAAAGGUACCACAGAAUCUGUUGCUUUUCCCCCUCACUGAGCACAGGAGAUGGAGGCCCAGGCGCAACCUGCCAACUCUGCCUGUUACCCCUGUUUCUGAAUCACGUUUGUUGGGCACUGUUUUGUUGACAAGACUGACCCUUUCUUCAGCAUUGUGCAAAUUGGUCCCUAGGGAAGUAGUCCUCACUUUCCUUUGUGACAACCCGGUAUGUCUCCAGGUAUCUCGAGUAAAUUUCUACCAAAAAAAGAGA